GUUCUGUUUUUCCGACUGAAGUCAUGGCAGCCAAAAUGGAGCUGGCGCCUCUCAGACAAUGGGACGACUUCUUCCCCGGAGCGGACCGGUUCAGCAAACCAGAGUUCGGAGAUUUGGCCAAGUGGAACAACCGAGUGAUCAGUAAUUUAAUGUACUAUCAGACGAAUUAUUUCGUCGUGGCCAUGGUGGUUUUCCUAAUUGUAGGGUUCCUAAAUCCCUUUGGCUUGAUUCUGGGAGGCUCUGUGGUGAUUCUGGUCUUUGCUGGUUCUGUGUGGGCCGGAGAAAACAAGGCUACAAUCAAGAACUUCAAAAGGAAGAACCCCACUCUGUUUGUGUUCGGAGUCAUGAUCACCAGUUACUUUCUGCUGUCGUUGUUUGGCGGCGUCUUGGUCUUCAUUUUCGGAAUCACUUUCCCCUUGCUGUUGAUCCUGAUCCAUGCCUCUCUGAGACUGCGCAACAUGAAGAACAAGCUGGAGAACAAGAUCGAAGGUGCUGGCCUGAAGAAAACCCCGAUGGGCAUGAUCAUGGAUCUCCUGGAUCAACAAGAAGAGAAGAUCAACAAGAUCCAGGAUUUUAUUGAAAGUAAACUCAAGGAAUAAAACUUCAUCCAAGAGAGUGCCAUGGAGAGCUGGUGUCAUGAAGUUUGGUUUAAGAUAUUUGUAAUUUCCUGCCACGUAUCCCACUUUGACCCCUUACAUAUCUAAAGUUAUGUGCAUUCCCUCAUCUUAUUCAUUUUAUUUACGUUAUAUUCCUAUCUAAAUGUUCUGGUUCACUUUAUCGAAAGUGUAUAGGCGAAUAAAAACUUGUUUGUACAAUUAUUAUUCUAGGAGAAGGAUACAAGACUGGGUGCACCAAAGGUUACCAAAGGUCAGAACAUUCCUGUGUUCUCAAAUGUCCAAAAUCAAGUCAAUUCCCUUGUUUACAGUUCACUUGGAUCUAGAAGAUGACUGAGUAUUUAUUUAAGCUAAAUCAAAAAGCAACGAUAACUAAAAAAAAGUCCAUAGUUUUUAAAAAGUUUGUUUUUGGUUGCUACCUCAAAAUGACCAUGUUUGUCUUUCAUCUCACUUAGUUGACUCCUAUUGAUCAGAUAAAUCACCCAGUCAGCUGCUGGUUAAGAAGAAUCUGUAUGGAUAUUAAUCUUAGAUUUGUUGCUAUAUAGUUUAUAAAUCAUUUUAUGGCCUGACUGGAAUUCCAGGAGUGUGGGUUUUUCUUUUUGUACUUACAGUUCCUGGUCCUGCAGACCUGAGUGUGUCCCUUCUGAUCGCAGCUAUGCAAUACUGAAAAGUUCAUGGCAAGUGCAGUUAAUUUAAAUAAAGAGUCAUGGCAUGUUUAGAUUGUUUAUUCUCAUGUACCAUUUUUAUUUUAUUUUAUUUUUUUACAUAAAAGCAUGUCAAAGUCUAUAAAAUGUCAGCAGGACUUUAGAAAAUACUGAAUUAAAGACAUUUGCGUUCUUAUCAAACUUCAUCUUUGUUGGAAAGUCAGAUGAGGUUUAUCAUCUUUAAUGAGUGUUGAAUUUGUUGUUUUUACCAUUUUAUUUCUGGUGUUGCUGUUUUUCUUGUCCACAUGUACACAUUGACUGCAACCUAUGCAUGCUGCAUUUGCAAAUGAAAGAUGGUCUGUGCUAAGAAUGAAAUUUACAUAUACGUGUACAAAUAUAUAAUUUGUACGCAACAUUUUUCAUGAUUCAUAGAAAACAAUAAACUGAAAACAGCAGUCCUCAAAACAUUUAAUCUGAUUUAUGAGGUCAUGAUGUUCAUAAGACGAUGUAUGUAUAACACUUUCUUCCUAAACUUAUCCUAAAUUUUCUGUAAAUCAAGAAAAAAAGUUCAAUAAAUAAAAGAAGGCUAGAUAAUUCUUUAAGAGGGUUUAUUUUUUUAGUUCUUGUCAGUCCAUGCACUUAAAAAUUAUUUUUAAAUUUUGUGAAUUCUGUUUCACCUCAAGAUUAUUAAAAACAGCUAAAACUAACUGUAAUUAGUUAACUGUAAAUGUUUUUUGUGGGUUCGGUUGGUGAAAGGGCUCACAAUGCACACUGCUGAUGUACUCUAAUAAUGAAUAAAGACAAAAGCAUCUCUUCAGGCAUAUA